UGCGGCAUGUGUUGUAUGGUCUCAUUAGUUAGCUCAACGCGAAGCCAACAAAGCAUUCACAAUGCUGCAGACAAAUUUGAUCCUCCUCGUGGCUUUCAGCUGCAUGCUGUCCGCAGUUUCCGCUGCCACUUGCGGCGGUUGCAUGCAGAGCAAUGUAACCUGUGUAGACGAGACCCAUUACAGAGUGUGCAUCAAUCAGUCUCCGAUUGAAAAUGGCGGUAUACUGAGCUGUGGCAAAGGCAAGAUCUGCACCGAUCUGCUGGAUCCAUGCUGGGAGCCUUUCGAAGGCGAUGGUGUGGAGCCGGUUUGUAACAAAAAGGAUGUUAACUGCCGAGAUUGCGAUGGCAGCCAGCUGUUCGUCUGCACCAGUCGCACCACCUUCCAGAUGUGCAUGGGCACCGAGCUGAGCCCCCAAAUUAAUCCCUGUCCAGAGGGCACCUUCUGCGCCAUCGACUCCGGCGAGUUCUGCGUGAAGAGCUGCAAGCUCCCGGAUGGAAAAUACGAGUGCGACAAGCCAGCGCCCCAAGCUUAA